AUGAUCGGCCCAGAACCAUUCUGUGGUCUAGGCAAAGGAACUCUAUCUACUCUCAUGAAUGGUGAAGAGGAAAAAGAAAAAGAAUUGGCAGUACCUUUUAAUAGUCGAAUUACUCGCUGUUCUCUGUUUGUUACAUGUAUGUAUAACAACGAGUAUCUGGUGGCCGCCAUUUUCAGCUCUCGUCGGAGUUGCGUAGCGUUGAAUAAGUUUUACUACGCAGAAACGAGUAUGGAUUUUAAAAACAACAGUGCUGUGGUUAGCAUUACGGGAAAUGAACUAAACCCACAGUCACAUUCAACGACUGAUCACACUAACAGUGUGUCUUUUAAAGAAGGCUUCCUAGAACAUGGCAGUGAUGUUAUGGAUGAAGAAAUUUGCACUAGAUUUAGAUGGAAACGUAACGGCAAACUUGUAGAACAGGAGCAAGUCAUUGAAACGCUUAAAGUACAACUGAAAAACACAAGAAGAGAGCUAGGAGCUUAA